AUGAAGUACUUGAUUUAUAUAUUAAAAUCAGUUCUCAAUCUGAUCAUUAUAUUAAAGUUCCUUAAAGAAAUACCUCUCUAAGAAUCUAACUAAAAGAAAUACAACCCCCUUUUCAUUCAAGUGCCAUUUAUUAUCAAAGACUCUUUCAUUUACAUAACUAUUAAUAAAAUCAGCAAAAUCUAUAAUAGUCUAAUCAAUAUUAUUGAUUCACCAUAAUAUUCUAAAAGAUGA